UGCACCUCCGGUCUCGCCCAUUCUGCGCGCUCCCGGACGAUCAUGCGCGCUCGCCGGUCACCAUGGUGGGGGGGGAACACACAACAGUCUGUCACUUUUUAACAAGCUGAAUUACGCAUGAAUCCCUGCGCUGUUUGACGCUUUCACGGAAUCGGACGGAAACUUGUCCUGGUGGAUUCCUUUCCCCUUGUAACGCGUCGUGAGAGCCGGAGAUCAGCGGGGAGGGAAACGCACUUCAUGCAGGCUUUGUGCAACAGAAAACAGACGCACCAGGACAUUUUCACGCAUUAAACCACACGGCAAAGACAGGUAGAGGUGUGCCGCUGCAGGGGCUUUGUUUAUUUAUUCCUGUUUUAAAAACAUCAGUUGUUUGGAUCGGAUCGGAUCGGAUCGGGCCGGGAGAGAGCGAGAGAGAGAGCGAGAGCGAGAGAGAGAGAAGCCCCGGGGGCGCAGCAGGCCGUGUCCCGGGGAACGAGCCUCCACACACGGGCCGGGCUGAGACGCGCACACACACACGAUCACACGGAAUUUUCACGCGCUUUCCCAUCGGACACGAUGGCGUCUUAUGUGGACAACAGCUUUAGGCAGGCGGUGAUGCUGAACCCGGCCGAGAGGACGCAACAGGAUUUGGAGAUUGUGUACUCAUAUCUACAUGGUAUGGAGGCUCUGUCCAAUCUACGAGAACAUCAGCUAAGGAUGAUGUGUGAAACUGUCCGUUAUGAAAGGCAUGAAGCAAAUGAAGUGCUUUACUAUCCGGAUGACAUGGGCAGCUGCUGGUACAUUCUUCUCUCUGGAUCCGUGUUCAUCAAAGAGUCCAUGUUCCUUCCUAGAUCCAGUUUCGGGAAGCGUUCUGCUGGAAGUUUACGUCGCGGAUGUGAGUGCAUCGUUUUGGAGCCGUCCGAAAUGAUCGUGGUGGACUAUAUGGAUGAGAAUGAGGAGUAUUUUCAGCGCCAGGCUUCACAUCGACAGUCUCGGAGGAGAUUCCGCAAAAUCAACCAGAAGGGCGAAAGGCAGACCAUCAUCGACACGGUGGAGCCGUACCAAGCGGGCAAGCCGCCCAUAAGCCGCGGGUACCACACGGAAUGCGUUAAAGCUCAGCUCCCAGCAGACUUCAGCAGGCUACACUUGGCUGACGGGAUCCACCCCCAGGUGACCCACGUCUCCUCCAGUCUCUCAGGAUGUAGCAUCACCAGUGACUCCGGGAGCAGCAGCCUGUCCGACAUCUACCAGGCCACGGAGAGCGAGCCAGGCGACAUGGACCUGAGUGGCCUGCCCGAGACCGCCGUCGACUCCGAAGAGGAUGACGACGAGGAAGACAUCGAACGUGCCUCCGAUCCGCUCAUGAGCCGAGACAUCGUCCGUGACUGCCUGGAGAAAGACCCCAUGGACCGCACGGAUGAUGACAUCGAGCAACUGCUGGAGUUCAUGCACCAGCUUCCAGCCUUUGCUAACAUGACCAUGUCGGUGAGGAGGGAGCUUUGUGCUGUCAUGGUGUUCGCCGUCGUCGAGCGAGCUGGAACCAUCGUCCUUAACGACGGCGAGGAGCUGGACUCGUGGUCUGUGAUUCUGAACGGCUCGGUGGAGGUGACCUACCCCGAGGGUCGCACCGAGAUUCUCUGCAUGGGCAACAGCUUCGGCGUCUCACCCACUAUGGAGAAAGAGUUCAUGAAGGGAGUGAUGAAGACCAAGGUGGACGACUGUCAGUUUGUGUGUAUAGCACAGCAGGACUAUUGCUGCAUCCUGAACCAGGUGGAGAAGAACAUGCAGAAGGUGGAGGAGGAAGGAGAAAUCGUCAUGGUUAAAGAACACCGUGAGCUCGAUCGCACCGGCACCAGAAAAGGACACAUCGUCAUCAAGGGAACAACGGAGCGUCUGACCAUGCACCUGGUGGAGGAGCACUCGGUGGUGGAUCCCACCUACAUCGAGGACUUCCUGCUCACAUACCGCACCUUCCUGUCCAGCCCCAUGGUGGUGGGCAGGAAACUGCUUGAGUGGUUCCAUGACCCCAGCCUCAGGGACAAGGUUACACGAGUGGUCCUGCUGUGGGUGAACAAUCACUUCAAUGACUUUGAAGGCGACCCUGAAAUGACGCACUUUCUCGAAGAGUUUGAGAACAAUCUAGAGAGGGAGAAAAUGUUUGGACACUUAAGACUGUUAAACAUAGCGUGUGCGGCCAAAGCCAAGCUGCGGGUGGUGACUCUGACUAAGCCGUCACGAGAGGCUCCUCUGGCCUUCGGCCUGCUCGGUGGCUCGGAGAAAGGCUUUCGCAUCUUUAUUGAGAAUGUGGAGCCGGGCAGCAAAGCUGCAGAAGCAGGUCUCAAGCGUGGAGAUCAGGUUCUGGAAGUAAACGGGCAGAACUUUGAGAACGUCCAGCUGUCCAAAGCAAACGAGAUCCUGCGCAACAAUACGCAUCUGUCUAUUACUGUGAAAACAAAUCUCUUAGUGUUUAAGGAGCUUUUGGCUCGACCUGAGCAUGACCAAGAACCUGAUCAUGACGAAGAGCUGGACAGGAAAAACGGGGCUCCACACAUUCCCAAGAUCGGGGAUAUUAAGAAAGCGAGCCGUUACUCUAUCCCAGACCUGGCUGUAGAUGUAGAGCAGGUGAUGGGUCUGGAGAAAGCAAGCAAGAAAGCCAAGGCCAACACGGUGGGUGGGAGGAACAAGCUCAAGAAGAUCUUCGACAAGACGUUGACCAGUAUUCUACCGCCCAAGCCAUACAAUGAUGUGGGUGUAGGCCAGUCCCAGGACGACAGCAUCGUCGGAAUGAAGCAGUCGAAACAGAUACCUCCUGCUCUUCCAGUCAGUGGAAACUUAUCAUCCAGUAACCCUGACUUGCUGCAGUCUCAUCAUCGUAUACUCGACUUCAACAACCAGCCAGAGCCGGUCCCUAACAACAUGUCGGACCAGGUGCUGCGUGUCUUCAAGGCCGAUCAGCAGAGCCGUUACAUCAUGAUCAGCAAGGACACUACGGCCAAGGAAGUCGUGGCUCAGGCCAUCAGGGAGUUUGCUCUGACCGCCGCCGCCGAAGCGUAUUCACUGUGCGAAGUGUCAGUGACACCCGAGUGCGUCAUCAAGCAGCGGCGGCUUCCUGAACAGCUCUCCAAACUGGCCGACAGGAUCCAGCUCAGUGGCAGGUACUACCUAAAAAGCAACAUGGAGACGGAGACAUUGUGCUCGGAUGAGGACGCGCAAGAGCUUUUGAGGGAGAGUCAAAUCAGCCUGCUGCAGUUAAGCACGGUGGAAGUGGCCACGCAGCUCUCCAUGCGUGCCUUCGAGCUCUUCUGUGCCAUCGAACCCACCGAGUACAUCGAUGACCUCUUCAAGCUGCGGUCACGCUCCUCCGGACCUUCCAGUCUCAAGCUUUUUGAAGAGUCCAUAAACCGCGAGACCUUCUGGGUGGCCACUGAGGUGCUGAGAGAACCCAACCAGCUGAAGCGCAUGAAGAUCAUCAAGCAUUUUAUCAAGAUCGCUCUGCACUGCCGCGAGUGCAAAAACUUCAACUCUAUGUUUGCCAUCAUCAGUGGUCUUAAUCUGGCCCCCGUAUCCAGAAUGCGAGGAACUUGGGAGAAACUUCCAAGCAAGUACGAGAAGUUGUUUAGUGAUCUGCAGGACCUGUUUGACCCGUCCAGAAACAUGGCCAAAUACCGAAAUGUUCUCAACAGCCAGAACCUACAGCCCCCAAUCAUCCCACUCUUCCCAGUUAUCAAAAAAGAUCUCACCUUUCUCCAUGAGGGCAAUGAUUCAAAAGUGGACGGACUGGUGAAUUUUGAGAAGCUACGUAUGAUCGCUAAAGAGAUCAGACAUGUGGGUCGGAUGGCGGCCGUCAACAUGGACCCUGCCCUCAUGUUCCGCACCAGGAAGAAGAAGUGGAGGAGUUUGGGGUCACUGAGCCAGGGCAGCGCCAACGCAGCCGUUCUGGAUGUGACCCAGACGGGCGGGCAUAAAAAGCGUGUCAGGCGGAGUUCCUUCCUCAACGCCAAGAAGCUGUACGAGGACGCACAAAUGGCACGCAAGGUCAAGCAGUACCUGUCUAACCUCACACUGGAGACCAACGAGGAGAGCCUGCAGACUCUGUCUGUACAGUGCGAACCCUCCAUAAGUACACUGCCUAAGAGCUCAGGGGACAGGAAGAGGCCGGACACCUCCCCUGUGGUAGCAAGAGCCGCUCUGCACCCACGCCAGCAGCUUCAGAAAUCCAACCAGGCUUUGCAGGUUCCCACCGUCGCCCUCUACCCGUCCCGCAAGAAGGUUCCUGUCAAAGAUCUGCCACCGUUUGGCACAAAUUCUCCGCAGUCUUUAAAGAAGAUUCUGUCUCUGUCAGAGGAGGCUGCUGAGAGACACAGGAAGCAGACGGAAGAUGCCGUGUCCAGCACUUCGUCUCCUCCUACGUCUCCUCGCAGCUCCCCAAAGAAAGGAUUAGGAAGAGCGAGUGAUAACCUGUCAGACUCGGGCCACAGUGAGAUCUCGUCUCGAUCCAGCCUGGUCAGCACGUCUUCACUGGACAUGGGCCAGGACGAGCGUCGUCUUCGAUACGGGCACGGCGUCAGCGACGGGCACGCUGCCGGGCACGGAGGCCACCGACUGGAACGUAGGGCCACAGCUGAUCCGGACCAGUACAGUCUCGGCUCGUACUCAUCGGUGCAGGACUGGCGCGGCAUGUACGCCAACACGGCCAUGCCGUCCUCCCCGAGUUCAGAGGAGUUAAGUCAGGAGCAGGGCGAUCGCGUCUCCUUGGAUGCUGCAGACUCAGGACGAGGCAGCUGGACAUCCUGCUCUAGCGGCUCACACGACAGCAUCCAGGCCAUGCAGCAGGGCAGGAGCUGGGAAGCUCUGGCUGAGGGGGCAGGUCUGUGGGCCGGACGGGGCAGCUGGGCGUCAACUUCGUCAUGCUCGUCCACAUCGGCAGCGUGCUGGGGAGAUGAGUCCGAGGGGGACACGGGGACUAUCAAGCGGAGGGGGGGUAAAGACGUGGGCACCGAUCCUGACACCUGCAGCAUCACUUCCACAGGAUCAGAGGAGUCUAAACAGCAGAGUCGCCGGCCGUCUCCCAUCACCGCCGGCACAACCAAGAGCAGCAUGAUACGCAAAGAUGGACGAUAUCGUGAUCCACCUCCCACUCCUCCCGGCUACACGGCUCUGUCUAUCUCCGAGGUGACGGAGGGGUCGACGCACUCAACCAGGAAGCCUCCGGACUACACCACAGCGCUCCAGCGCUCCCGCCUCAUUACGCACUCGCCUAAACCGGGGACGGAGCGUGAGGGAGAGGAUGAGGAAGAGGAGGUAGAGGUAGAGGAGGAGGAGGAUGAGCAGGUGUCCGCUGUGUGAACACACGACACUUUCCUUACUGUCCGGCUCUCGCUGCAGUGACUGAAAGCCGCCUGUUAGGCUCGUCAAAGGCAGACAGACAGCCAGAGCGACCAAUCAUCACCUCGAUGCCACUGCCUGUCUUUCUCCUGAUUGGUGGAUUCAUCUCCCUUCUCUGCCUUAACGCGUCAUGAGGGGUUUUGUCACCCUGCAUGCUAAAAUACUGUGAAGAAAGGAAGAGAGUGUUCGAAACAAAAAUUACCUUGGCACUUUGGAUAAAUCGAAUUAUUUCACUUAAAGUAGUAAAAAAUAAAAAAAUUAAAAAAAAAAAAAAAGAGAGAGAAGAAGAAAGAACUUGAACCUGGAUUGAGAUUGAACACAGCGGUGCGACAUUCACACGGAGAUGAGACUGCCGUUGCCGGUCUCUGAUGUUAGAUUGAUUUCCCCCGUUCCUCUCACACACACACACACACACACACACACACACACACACACACACACACACACACACACACACACACACACGAACCAUUUUUCCUCAUCUGCACUUUUUAAGUAUGUUUUCUAAGAACAAAAUGCACACGAUCUUCUCAGACUUUAUCAUCUCUUCUGAAAUGCACACACGGUGAAAAUGAGUACGUUUAGGGGAGAAAAAAAAACGUUCACAAGCUCAAACAGCUACACUUUCGAUGGGAAUCGGCGAUCGUCUGUACAAUAUGUGACACUGCUGCAGUAUUAAUUGAGCGUUCGAGGUUGGUAGAUGCUGGAGACCUGGAGAUACACACAGCAAGGAGGACACGAAGCACGCUGGUGUGACUCUACGUUCUGUUUCAUCCGAAUCCUGCUUCAAUCCCUAGGGUGCGACGUAAACGUAGACAUCUCAGACUUGAGGAUUUCGUGGUUUUGACAUUCUUUAAUUGAAAGGAAAAGUUAGACCCAAUACUGAGGGCUAAACUCAGCAGGAACCAUGAUAUGUGGUCAUGCCAGAGAACUCAGAUCUCAGAAACAUAAUCAGUGGAAGCUAAUCCACAGGCCAGGCUUUUGAGAUGUUGAUGAAAUUUAUAGGGUUUUUUUUUAUUCCCAUCAUUAUUCCAGAUUACCAUCCAUCGUUGUCACUCGUAGGGCUGUCUCCAAGCUCCGCUGGUGCUCGACUCCAACUAGAUCCCUGUAGUUCUUUACAAUAUUUUAAUGAUGUGAGGUUAUGAAACCUCUGCAGUACCUAACGCCAGGAUUCCAAAGGCAACGUUUAAUUAAAAAACCUUGUUUUGGAGUUUUAUUCCUGCCCCGUUGGACCUGUUUUGUGUCCUCUGUUAAAGGAGGGUUCAGAGUGGAUACUGAGCUCCAUUGGUUUUUCGGCUGUUUGUAAAUUUACAUGGAUUACAUCAGUAGCUUCGUGCAGGAACCCAAAGACAUUGAUUUGAUUUUAUUUAUUUAAUGCUUUUGUUCCCUUACCCAGGGAUGGGGGUGCGGGUGGGGGGUUGGGGGGUUAUCUUUGCAAGAUGUUUGUCCCAUUGCAUGCACAAGGCAAGAGCUUUGUUUCAGUCCUGUGUAAAUGAAGUAAGUAGAAUCGACUUGAUCGAGUUCCCCUGACUUGACUUGACUCGAGUCCCAGUCAUCUCUGUCCCAUUUCUAUAAUUCUGUACAGUUUUUUAGGUCACAGCGUUGCUUGGUGUAGCCGAAGUAAUCCGGUGGCAAAGUUUCCUUCUUAAUAAAUGACACUUUUUGUUCCUGCCUUAUUCCACUCUCCUGAGGAGAAAGCGAGAACUUUGUUUCAGGUUCUCUGUAAACAGAGGAACCGUUUGACUCCAGUCUUCACUGGCACUCGACUCAAAACGAUCCCGGUUUAGGGUUUUAGUUCUUGCCCCAUUCGACUUUGUUAGGAAAGCCAGACCAAAUGUUGACAACAAACUCUUCAGCUUGACCUAGUCGCAAGAAAUAUUUAAACGGUUGUGAAGUUAUUUCUUAUUAGGCUUCAAUUACCUUGGAACUAUUUUUUUUUUUUGGCUUGUUCCAUCUCACCCAUUUGGAGGUAAAUCAAACUGGUGCAUGACUCAUCCAGCUCAGUCCUAUUCCAAAAAUUCUUUAAACAAUUUGGCGGGUUGUGAGGACAUAAGUUUGUUAUAUCCCAUAAUAAUCCUGGCCUUUUUUUUUUUUUGCACCCAUUCGGAAGGAAGGCAAGAACUUUUUCUCCACUGGUUCUUGACACCAUCUCGCUCAUUCCUAUUUAUUGAAAUCUUAAUAAAUGAAGCAAGUUAAAAGGUUACUCUGGUUCCUGGUUAUUGUAAUCUUGGGGCAAGUAUUUUAGAAGGAAAGCCUGAAUAUCGGUUGAUCAUCAUCCGGUGCUUCGUUUGCAUUUUGUAGUGAAGAACGUUGACGAUUGACUGUGUUCCCAUUGCACUGCAAAGUAUCUUCAUGUUUUUGUAUUUUUCGGAGGUUUAUUGGAAUUUUAUCCUCAUUUAGACCCUUUUUUCCCCCAACAUCAGUGAAACGCUGUGAGUUGCCUAUCAGAGUGGACUAUAGGCAAGGAAAAAAAAAAAACUCUGGAAUUGAUCCGACACUUUUUUUUUUUUUUUUUUUAAGAAGGAAAUCUGUCAUUCAAAGUGCUACAAGUCUCCAAAAAAACCAAUGUACUGUCAACAGGAUAUAUAAAGAACAUACCGUAGGUGACUUGUCAUGCCAAAUCUGAAACUUAUCACAACUACCUAUUACUGUAGUAUGUAGAUUCCACCAUCAAGACAAAUGCCUGUCCAGUCGGUGAAGUCCACGCUCGACUGGGUGCUACUUCCAUUCUCAUGCGAAGACAUUGCGGAUUUUGAGGUGCUACGUUGGCUUUACGAAGACGUUAACCCGCUUGUGUCACCCUGCACAUUAAAAGGGAUCAAGAGCUCGCGAGAACUUUUAGUAACACGCUUCUGAGACUCCGGCGCUGAAGGAAAACGACUUAACCGAGCCGAAGGCUGCCGAGCCCGAGUAGAACUCACUCACGCGGCGAGGAGUCACUUUUAUCGUUUAUUUUUAAUCACUGAGUUAAGCUGAUCACAUUGAUCAGUAGUUUAGGACUGAUAUUCUUUAAGGGAGGGAAAAAAAAAAAGAUUGCAGUGUUUUCCACUGUACCCUGUAAUAUUAUCACAUCAACAUUUCUUUCUCUUCUUGCUGUAAUUUUUCCUUUGUUUUUUUGUAACGGUUGCUGUCGUUUAAAAAAAAAAAAAAAAAAAAGGAUCGCAUUUGUAAAACAGUGGUUAAAUAAAUCGUUCGCCACCAUUCGGAUUUUUUGAAACUAGUCACGCUUUUUUCCGGCGAGCCGAGCGGAGUCGUCUUUCGAAAAAUAAGUUGCACAAACUGUACAAGCAUAAGGUAAAUCGUAGUAGUUAUAGCACUGCUACUUUGUUCGAUGUGUGAUGUCAAGUGAGAAGUGUACAUUUAGCUGGUGAAGAUUCUCUCAUUCUUGACUACUUUUACCUGUACGUCUUUUACAAAGACAAUUGGUGGAGUAUGUAUCGGUUGUUAUUUUCUGUCUUUUUUUUCUUUUUCUUUUUUUUUUUCUUUUUUUUUGUAUUUUUAAUACGAUAAUUGUAAAUAUUGGUUAUAUUUUUGUUGAACUGUAGAAAUGUACUAUGUUUAUGCCUCAACAUCCAGUUUAUAUGAAGCUGGGAAUCAAUAAAUGCGAGAAAAAGAAAACCGACUCGUAGGAUUCGAAUGCACUUUUUUUAUUUUAUCUUGUUUUUUGUUUUUUUUUCCCCGUCGAUGCGUUUUCUUUGGCAGAUUGUUCCUUUAAGUGACGCCAUCUAUAAUAUUUGCACAAGAUGAGACAUGGGAUUAACUUGAAACGUGUAUCUGAUCAUUUUUUUUAACUGACGCACCUGUCAGAACGAAUAAAAACACUGAUGUCUACUC